GAGAUGGACACACCAGUGUCUUUUCCUGAAGAGAGCAAGAGGAGAGUCGUGGACUCAGGUCAGGGGACAGCAGCUCCACCACCAUUUUGUCCAGCUUCCCAAGUGUCAGCCCAGGGCGCAGCCCCUCAGAGGAUGGCAGCCCCUCCAUGGCACUAAAGCCACCAUGGGGCACUGCUCAGUAACCACGGAUUCUGAAGCCACAACAAACUGCAGAGAAUGCCCCAACAUUCUGCUUGGAACCCAACCAGCAACUGGCAUCUUGGAUUGGUCAGUUAUAUGCUUACUGACGGGGACAUUUAUUGCAACACCUGCCCGGUAUACCGUGACUCUGGGAGGAACAUCCUUCACUGUGAAGUAUCUGCGCAGUCAUGGCUACAUGUCCACACCACCACCCGUCAAGGAGUAUCUGCAGGACAGGAUGGAAGAGACAAAGGAGCUUAUCACAGAGAAAAUGGAAGAAACAAAAGAUAGACUUACUGAAAAGUUACAAGAAACCAAAGAAAAAGUUUCCUUUAAGAAAAAAGUGGAAUAAGUGCCUUAUAUAACAGUAUAGAAAAAUUCCUGCACUUUAACCCUUUGGAAACUAGGCAAAGAUACAUGUCUGAUUUUUUUUUUUCCUUUUUUUUGGUUAGUUGCCAAAAUAUACUAGUUCUCUGAGGGUUAAAGAAGUAAAAUACCUUUUUAAAGUUAAAUAUCAGUAGAAAAAUCAGUGUUUUUAUACGGAAAGAAAAUGAACCCAAUAUAAGAAUUUCCCAUCAAUAACAGUAUUAAGCAGUAGGUAAUGUCUUAGAAGUCAGACUUCUUUUUCAGGGUCUUCAGAAGCACGCUUGAUUUCUGUUUUGUUGCAGCUGUAAUUUAUGCUGGUAUGCCUGGUAUGGCAGCUGACUCCUUGAAUAACCAAUGUGACCCAUAACACAGGCUCUUAAUACUGGAUCUUAAUUUUUAUGUUCUUCAUUAAGGUUUUAACUGUAUUCAGUAUGUAAUUUGGAGACAAACUAGCAUCAUCCAAACUGCCUGUGAAUAAGAGGUUAUUUAGUCUUUCUAUAAAAAAAGAAUAGGACAGUUACCUACCAGUUAAAAUACCUUAUAUGAAGAAAAUAGAAUAAAGAUUUAGUCAUUUAUAUGUAAAUAAGAUGUAUUGGUUGUGUGUAAAUGAAAAAUGGAUCCUUUAAAAAUUAUUCUUACCUGAAGCUUGUUGUAAUUUUUUUAAAGCAAAUAUAUAUGGGGUGAUGGUACUUUUCAACUGUGUGUAUUGGUGGUGAUCACCUCAAACAUAAACCUUUAUUGUGAAUCAUUUGUGUCCUUUUCAACUAAUCUUUCAGCGGAAAGGUAACAAAAUAUUUACACCUUAAAUUUAUUGUUAAAAUCAAGUAUUUUUCAGCAGCAACUCAAGCUCAUGAUUCUCAAACAGAAAAAGGUUUGGGAGACUAAAAAUGGAGUCAGGUUGUCACGGAGUUGGCUGACUCCUUGGGGUAGGCACGGUCCUUGCCGCAGCAAACCACUGCAGUUUCCCAGUGUCUUAGUUUCAGAAUUAAUGCUGAUUUCCUUAUGGAGUAAAUUUUUAAAUUGUGGCUGCUGAUUUUUGUCUUACAUUGAAGGGAAAUACCCUCACUUAAGAAUUCUACUUGAUUUUUUUGGGGGGUGGGGGGAAGGCUAGUCUCAAACUUCUGACAUCAGAUGAUCCACCCACCUUGGCCUCCCAAAGGGCUGAGAUUCCAGGCAUGAGCCACUGUGCCCAGCCCUCUACUUGAUUUUUUUUUUAAUGACAAAGCUGUCAGAUCAUUUGCUUGUAAUGAAAUUCAGCCAUUGUCAGCUAUGAGCAUCGCUGUGGUGGGGCUAUGUUUGAGUAUGUGUGUGUCUGUUUCCUAUGCUCUAACUGCGAUUAUUUCAGUUCUCAUCCUUGAAUUGCUCAUUGGAGGAGGGAAUGGCCUCUUUUUAGAUUGUCCUUGUUUUGACUUACCUGCCAAGGCAAGAGAAUGUCAGAGUUUGCCACACAGUCCCGCAGGGACCCCUGCUCUUUGCCAGGAUUUUUGUAUCAAGUACUUAGUUUGGCCAAAUUUAGAGAAUAGUUUAAAGGGGAAAAAAAACUUUGCAGUUGAUGAGUCUAAUUAUUAUUAGAAUAGUUUUUAAAUGAAUAUGCCGUGAUUGGAAUCUUUCUUCCUGGGGGCCGGGAGAGUGCUGAGAGCAGCAGCUGUGUCUGUUCUCUGCAGUCUUGGGCAGGCGGCACUGCUGUCUCCUGAUACACAGGGUUGAAUGCCCUACUUCACAUUGAUGCCACAUUUUCAAAUCUAGACAUGAUUAACAUAUUUUAAGUAUUAAAUAAUUCACAUUUUUGCAGAUUCAAAUGCUGUUUUUUAAGAUAUUAAACACGUUUCUUGUUUCUUCUUAACCACUGGAGACUGCCCAUGUUAAAAUCUUGUGUUACAUGGAAUUCUUCUAAAACAAUUUCCUUUUACUUUUCAUGUUGCAUAUUUCCUAAUAGGGAUAAAUUGGAGGUUCUUAGAAGUUACUAAUAAUCCUGAGACUAAAAUUUGCUUUUUCUGCGUGGACAUUUUCUGUUCAGUCCAUUUGAGUUUUGUUGCCGUCCAGAUUCAUAAUCAUUUGUGGUUAGCUGAUUAUAGACAAUGAGGGACUGCUCGAGUGAUUUGAAAUUCUCUCGUAAAAAGUUCUCUGAAGAUGUGGGAAGUUCUGUAGUAUGACUUGGCACCAGGAAUGACACAAAAAUGCUGUUGCUCGCAUGUUGCUAACCUAGUCCUUAAACAAGCUUCAAAUAGUUUAAAUGGGGACCCCCUGUAAUCUGCUGAGUUUGGAGUAUUAAUAGCAGGCUAACAAUAUAGUACCAAUAUGUUGAGUUAAAUAAUUGAGAAUAUGUAUAGUAAAUAUAGUCUGCUACAUGUAACAGACCUCAUUUCAUUUACAGUACAUCUUAUACUUGGGAUUAAUUCACCUAUAACCUCUGUGAACUGGGAGUAAAGCAGAAGCAGCCCCAUGUCUCAUGAAUGUCUACAUUUAUAUUUAUUUUUUUGAGACAGAGUCUCACUCCAUCACCCAGGCUAGAGUGCAGUGGCACAAUCAUAGCUCACUUGCAGUCCUGAAUUCCUGACUCAGAUGAUCCUCCCACCUAAGCCUCCUGAGUAGCUAGAACUACAAGUGCACACCACCACACCUGGCUAAACUCAUGUCUGCAUUUAUGCGAGGUGUGUGGACCAGGUGGGGAGGGAGCUGUGACUGAGAUUCGCCUAUAUAAAAUACGCAAAAAGGGUUUGCUAAGCAAACUGAUAUUUGAAAUGACAGAUGGAUCAGGUUAGAGCAUAAUUUAUUCAGGAAUAAGAGCAAAACCAACCGCAUCAAAAAAUGUAUUUUACUGAGACAGCCUUUUGUGCAUACAACAGGAUGCCACUUACAGAUUUCAAGAAAGGAGAAAAAUAAUGCUUAUAUUGAGAUUACCUACCUCCCAGUAGUGAAAACAAUAAAAUUAUGCCUUCAAAUA